AUGAUCCGAAAUUUGAAGCUUGGAAGACAACAAAAGAUAUUGAUAAGCUCAAUUUUCAUGCUCGGUGGUUUGUAAGUCAUAGUCCUCUUCAUCUUUUGGAGCUCACUUCACUGACAUGGUACUUGAAAAAAUGUGUGCAUUACAUCAAUUCUUCGAAUCAUAUAUCUAUACCACCCUAACGAGCCAAAUGGUAUGCUCUUCCAAUUAAAAACUGUGUUUAGAGUGACUAAUAAAACGGUACCAGAUCUUUAUAUCCGUGGUCCGAUUUGGUCAACCAUCUCUAUCUCCUCAGCUGUUCUAUGUGGAAAUCUGCCAUUGCUCAAACCGAUCCUUACGCGUUCGAUAAUUCCCUUGUCAAUACGUAACAUUCUUUAUUCCUGGAGUACGCGCUCAGCAGGGAAACAACCAAGUGGUUCAAAUAUUGAGCAACAAGAGAGAGGACCAUAUAACCCACUUGGUGGGGAAUACAAAGGGGUAGUUGCGAGUCCUGCCGAGAAGAACAAAAAGGCUCGAGAUGAGAAUCGGCUUAACACCAUUUUCUUAACCACCACUGUGGAUAUCGAAUGA